AAAAAAAAAAAAGAACCACAGGAACCCAAACCCUAACCUGCUGCUCAAACUUCUUCUUCUUCAUUUUCAAUUCUUCAAAACCCUAACAAAUUCCACCAAUUCACUCGCCCUACCUCUUUGGAAAUCCACAAUCUCUCUCUAAGUGUCCAAGACCAUGUCUAUAGACGGCUCAGCCGAGCGAAGAAAGCAACCGCCUCAGACUCAGACGCCGAGCACAGGCAACGGGAACUGCGGCAUUUCUUCGAUGAGCUUGACGAACAGGCUGAGACUGAACCCUAAUAAGGAGCACAAGCCUGACAGCUACGACGACCUUCAUCAAUUGGAGUUUAGUCCCUUGCUCUUCAGCUCGCUGGAGCGCUACUUGCCUCCCACCAUGCUCAAUGGGUCACGUGACCUCAAGCUCCAGUACAUGAGAGACAUUCUCCUACGCUACUCGUCCGAGAGUGAGCGCACUCGUGUUCAACGACAUAGAGAAUACAGGCAGAAGAUCAUCUCACACUAUCAGCCUGUACACAAGGAGUUAUACACUAUGCAAGCUGCACAGUUCUUUGUCCCCUCAUUUCUCAAAGCAAUCAAUGAGAAUACAGAGGAUAGCUUUAGAAGUAUAAUGGCUGAACCCGCUCCUGGAAUUUAUACAUUUGAAAUGCUUCAGCCGUACUUCUGUGAAUUGUUAUUAUCCGAGGUGGAAACUUUUGAAAGGUGGGUCAUUGAGACAAAUUUCAGAAUCAUGCGACCAAACACAAUGAAUAGAUACGGUUGUGUUCUUGAUGACUUUGGCCUAGAAACCAUGCUUGACAAGUUGAUGGAGGACUUUAUACGCCCUAUGUCUAGAGUUUUCUUCCCCGAAGUUGGUGGAUCCACGCUGGAUUCUCAUCAUGGUUUUGUUGUUGAAUAUGGAACUGAUAAGGAUGCAGAGCUUGGUUUUCAUGUGGAUGACUCAGAAGUCACCUUGAAUGUUUGCUUGGGCAAGCAAUUUUCUGGCGGAGAAUUGUUCUUUCGAGGUAUUCGAUGUGAUAAACAUGUAAAUUCAGAGACACAAUCGGAGGUACGCUAGUCUUUUAAGAUAUUUUUUAGUACAGUUUUUUAUGCUGGGUCACACUUUUCAGCCUGCAGUAAUACAAAUUCUUUAGAGUCUCG